AUGAAACAUGACCUCUCAUUUAUCCAGGACUGCACGAAACUCAGCUCUGCGUUGGGCAUGUCGGACCCGGCGGUGCCUGGCGAGGAGCUAUGCGCCAACACAUCCAGCAUAUCCUUGGCUUCCACUGCCCUGGCCUUUAUCGACAAUGGUUUUCCGCCCAUCGAACGGAGGAGUGCAGAGGCAGAGGUGGAACCAGUGGUAGGAGCAGGCCCAGAACCACAAGCCAAGCCAGUAGCUUUAAUUGAGCAACCAGCUCCACUACCAGCAUAUCCUGCAACGGAACCUCCAGCAGAUCUCCCAGCGGGUCCACCAGCAGUUCCUCCAGUGGAUCCGCCAUCAGACCCCCUAGCAGAUCUCCCACCAGAUCUCCCACCAGACCUCCCACCAGAUCUCCCACCAGAUCUUCCACCAGAUCUCCCACCAGAUCUCCCACCAGACCCUGCAUCAGAUCCCCCAGCAGACCCAACGAGUUCUCCGAAAGAUACCCCAACACGAUCGCAGACACCAAGCGGCAGUCCGGCCACCCAGGCCCACAACCCACUGCAGACGCCGCCGGACGUCUCCACCGGAGUCAAGAUGUCCCCUGACGCCCCCGUGUUUUAUCCCAUGGGCACCAGGUUAUUCCAUAUACUGUCAAACGACGAGGAGCCCCCCCGCAGGUCACCACGCACUUCGGCGCCGAGGAACUCCUUCGAGUUUGGCCUCGCGAACGGAACGGGGCCAUACAUCGGACCAGGGAGCGAUAUUCCUCGGAGCUACCACUUUGUCGAUCCUGCCAGCGGCGAGCGCAUCUACUACAGCUUUGGCUUGGGCAUGAACUGCGAGGGACGUCAGAGCAGAGUAGUCUCUGGUCGCCGAGAGGCGGACGACCCACCAUCGGAGGCAACUGAUUCCUGGGGCUCCUACAUCUAUGGCAGUCCGCGAACCAGACCAGCAGAUGAAACAACCUCGCUGGAGACAACUGGACGAGCGUCGAUAGCCAUGACCAACAACAUUCGCCAUUUUCUCGAAGUGCCAACGGAAGCCCGAACAUCCCCCGAGUUCCCGUCCUUCGAGUCCUUUGCCGCGCAGCUGGACGAGAUGGGAGUGCAACGGGAUGAGUUCAUGGCAACGCUGAGAAAUCUGCUAAUACGAGCCAAUGACCUGCUGAAGCCACUGCUCCAGGGUCCCUUCAAGUACAUGACGCCCAUACAGAUGGCCGAGUACACCAGCGCCAUUUUGGAGACGCCGCCGCUACAUCCGAGUAUCUUCAUGCCACCGAAUGUGUUGCGUCCCUGGUCGGACCUCACUGGCCUCAAUCUGCCCUUUGACAUCCAUCCGAACAGCCUCACGCCGGAGGACCUGGCCCGCAUCCAGGAAGCGCCCAAGUCAGUGGACGCCACCACUCAGACGGAGUACCGUUGCAUGUGCAUGUUCUUCACGCAGGGAGGAUUGGCGUCGGCGGCAGUGCCUCCGCCAACGCCACCGCCAGCACCUGGGCCGCCGCCGCCGCCACCGCCUGCUCCGCCUGGCCCGCCGCCUCCCUUUUAUUCAGGAUCCCCUAUUAACACUCCUCGAAUGCAUAGGGCAGCCGGUGGAGCACCCAGUGGACCUCGAAUACCGCAGCCGUAUCCGACAGUAUCCUCGCCAGGAGCCUCGCAGAGUGGACCACCACCGCAACAGCCAUUUGGCUUCUGGGGCAGGCCCAUGCCAAUGGCCAUGCAUCCUAAUCCGCAUCCGCAUCCGCACCCGGGAAUGCAGGCGGGUCAUCCGAUGGCGCCGACGCACAGUUCGCAGACGCCCAGGCCGGGUGGAGCCAUGCGAUUCAACGAGGGCGGGUACCGGGGCUACCGUUUCCAAGGUCCCUACAGUCCGCGCAACCAGGCGGACCAAUGUCGCUAUGGGCCCAUCGGCAGUGGUCGUCCCAGCCAAAGCAAUGACGGGAACUACACGAACGCGAGCUACAGCAAUGGAGGAACACCGCUCUAUGGGAGCACACCAAAUGGCAACCAUCAGAUGGCCCCUGGCGUGGCCCAUCCUCGCGUCAGAUUGGUCUACCCCAUUGACAUUGAGCACCUGAGGCUGAACCUGGAUCCACCGAGCGAUGAGAACAAUGCGGAUAGGCAGGAAAUACCAUCGUCCUCAUCGGGCACCGAGUCAUCCAACACCGAUAACUCCAGCCUACUCCGCUGCGCCGAGAUGGAGCGCCAUGAUAGCGAGGAGAGCAGCUACGUGGAGGAGGAGAACGCAUGCGAGGAGGACGUUGCUGAAGAGGAGGCAGAGGAGGCUGACGACGACGAGGGCGAUGAGGAGGACGAGGAUGAGGAUGUGGAGGUCACGGAACCACAGCGCAACGACGGCGCAGUCCAGCAGCGGGCAAGCUCGCUAUCCACUUCCGAUUCCCGGCGGUUCAUCUUCGGCGAGGUCGAGUUCAUGAACUACGUCAUGUCGGAUGCUCCCAUAGUGCAAACGCAGACGCAAACGCCGCGCGGCAACCUGCCCUGCGCCCAGGUGCCACCCAAUGUGAUUCCCAGCAAUUUACCAGCCCAUCGCUCUCCACGAGAUCAGUCCGAUCAGCAGCUGCUGCCUCCGUUGCCCCAGAUGCCGCCAAUGCCGCCGAUACCUCCCAUGCCCGAAACCGCAGCCAUGCCUUGCCAUUCCGAUAGAGACCCAUCGAGGUACCAGGUGCCCUCGACUGCCCAGGAUCACUAUGGCAGCAACCAGUGGAAUCCGAUGUUCGGCCCACAGCAGCGAGCCAAUGGCAACUUCAAUGCGGCCAUGAUGUGCCAGGAGCAGCCGGGUCCCAGUGGCAUUUACAUGCGACCACCUCCCCCACUACAACCACCACCACCACCGCCGCCGCCGCCGCCGCCACCGCCACCACCACCACCACCAUCACCACCUCAGAUGUAUCCAAUGCGCCAGCAGCGGCCCAUGGCACCGAUCCUGUUCGAGGUUGGGGGCAACCUCAGCCACAGCGCCGGGCCGCCCAUGAUGCAGAGUGUCAACGGUGGCGGGUACGGUCAUGGUCGCGGUCGUGUGAACGGUCCAAGUCCCAGUCGUGGCGCUCUUAGCCAGAAUCCUUACGGACAGAUGACCCAUGCGCUGCAUUCGACACAUGCAGGACAUCCAGCGCAUCCAGGACAUCCAGCGCAUCCUGCACAUCCAGGCCAUCCAGCACAUCAGCCGCCACACCAGACCCAUCCAUCCCACCACGGAAUGCCCUUCAACGGCAACAUGGGCCCGAACAUGAUGGCUCCACAAAUACGCGGCGGCCCAAUGAACCACAUCAACCAGGUGGGCCACAUGAACCACAUGGGCAGGGGCAUGGGCAUGGGCAUGGGCAUGGGCGUCGGAUUGCCGAUGCCGUUGCAGGUGCAGCCGGGCAUGGGCAUGCAGCAGGGCACGGCCAUGAACAUACCACCGCCCAAUCACAUGAGUCCACGGCACAAUGUCAGUAUCUAUCAUCAGAGUGGAAGCAACCCGGACAUGAGCAAGAGUGUGCCAGCUGGCAGAAUCAACGUAUGCAAUGGCAGCGCCGAGACGCAGCAGCACGUCAGGAUCGCUCCCGAUCCUCGCCAGAGUUUCGAAGUCAACGCGGCUGGGUCACGCGGCCAUACGCCACGCAAUCGGCAUUCGAGGAUUUCCUUGCCAGCCACGCCCAGAUCCAAUCCCCAAAAUGGAGUUCCUGUCCAGGUGGAUAGAACUUCCAGCUUUAACAACAUCAACCAGAACAACCCGAACAACAACAAUGCGCAGGAUACGAACGCCCAGCCCUCCUACGCCUCCUUGCUGCAGUAA